GCGAGCGGGGAGAGGAGGCGAUGGACGGCUGCCUGGACGGACGGGUGAAGGGACGGGGCGGGCCGGUGCCGCCUCCCCCCGCUCCCUCGCUGCCUCUCCGCCCCGAAGGCACGUCGUGUGAGGAGGAGCCGUCGCCGCCUGCUCAUUGCUGCCGCCGCUCCUCCUUUCCUUCGGCCGACCCUCCCUCUUCCCCUUUUUUCUGACAACCCGCCGGCCGGGUUCCUGCUCCCCUCAGGGCUCUAGCAUUCUUUAAAUAUGGGCCGGAUUUUCUUGGAUCAUAUUGGUGGUACUCGUUUGUUCUCCUGUGCAAAUUGUGACACAAUCUUGACCAACCGCUCAGAACUUAUAUCCACCCGUUUCACAGGGGCUACAGGAAGAGCCUUUCUAUUUAACAAGGUAGUAAAUCUGCAGUACAGUGAAGUCCAGGACCGAGUCAUGCUUACUGGCCGCCACAUGGUUCGUGAUGUGAGCUGCAAGAACUGCAACAGCAAGUUGGGCUGGAUUUAUGAAUUUGCCACUGAAGACAGCCAGCGCUAUAAGGAGGGCCGUGUUAUCCUGGAAAGAGCUCUAGUCCGAGAGAGUGAGGGGUUUGAGGAGCAUGUUCCAUCUGAUAACUCUUGAAUGGACAUCUCCCUUGUCUCCAGUCUUUCUCUGUUGAAACUUAAAAAAAGAAAAAUCAACAAAAAAAUCUACUUGCAUACACUGUCACCUUAGCAUCAGCAUUGGAUUCAUGAACUAGAGAGUGGGAAAGAUUGUGAGAGAAUUUCAGAUGGAACUUACCUUUUUUCUUUUUUAUCCCCUUCUCUCAGUUCAUAGGGAAUGUUGAAUGGAUGCUCUAACUUGGCCUUUUUUCUUAUAAUCUCAGAUAUGUCAGCAUUUGAAGUUACAAAUCAUCUGAAAGGAAUUUGGAAUCUUUCUUUUAUUGGAAAGAAAUCAGUUGGAUUUUAGUUUGUAAAACCUGUUACAUCAAAAGGAAAUUUUAAGUCACAAUAUCUUUUAAUUUAUUUCCAUUUGUUGUCCGUUUUAAUUCAUUUUUAGCCAGACUUUUCACCUGAUCUGCUGGCUUAAGAAAAGGUCUGAAUUUAUGAUGAGUGCUAAAGGUUCAGUGUUUAGUCCAGUUUGUGCUGGCCGUUGAUUCAUAUUCUUGUUGGGUUCAUUGAUAGUACAGAACCUGUGCUUGUUUCUGUCCUUUUUCUUUUUGUAACCCAAAGAUGAUGUUAUUCCUCAUUUACUGAAGCACCCCUUCCACCAUAUGACUGGUGUUGACUUUUUUUUAAUAGGGCAAAACUGCUUGUCUCUUCAGUUUCCUGAUGUAACUUACACAAUUAUAUAAAGAAAUGGCUGUCCAGUCUUGUGUUGAUUUAAAACUGUUGGUAGUGAUGGGGAUUAAGCAGUUGCUGCAGCUUUUUUCCUGUUUGUUUUUUGGCUCACUUCCUUAAAUAGAAAUCUUAGAUUAUCCUCCCCUCCCUUUAAUCUGUAGCUUUGCUUUAAAAACUUGGCUAUAAGGAAGAAGGGCAUGCCAGUGUGUACAGUCAUGCAUACAGCCAGGCAUCUGAUCUACAUCUGUUUAAAUGGCUGACAGUAGGUGUACAAAUGUUACUUUUUAUAUCAAAGCUCUUACUCUUAGUUGCAUCUUUCCAUGGUGGUGCUGCACCUUUUACUGCUUUUACCAGCACAGUUUCAUCUGGCUGUAUGUAGUCACGGGUUAUCUGGUGCUUCCUGUGGCAGUUUCUUGUGUUGCAAUACUGGAUCUUGCUCAUUGGAGCAAACCUUUCUGUAGACUCUCCAUACUCAGGGGUGCCCAAAAGUUGCUGCCAGCAUGGCCUGCCAAGCUAUAUUUCUUGGAAGUCCAAGAGCUUUGUCUUAAAGUAUUAAUCACAAUUGUGUACUCUCCUUGUCAGCAUAGUUAUUUCAUAGAUAAGGUGUUUGCCUUACUGUAAUUGAUUUUUAGCAGUCUGAUAGCACCUGUUAGUUUCUGCCACUGAGCAAGGUAUGCAAAUAGAGCAUCCUUGUAGCUGGAGAAUUAAUGGUCAUUACUUCAAUCCUAACCACACUGGCACUGGCUGGGGUAAGGGGUUACCUCUGCAAGUGCCUUUAGGAAUACUGUUCCAUGAGCCAUGCCUCCCAUAUAUGACAACAAACUGGUGGAGGAGUUGUAAUUAUACCUUUCACACUCCACAGGUGGCACUCUGGCCAUUGAGAUGAACUUUGGGCACCCCUAUUAGCUUGAACUUACAAGUAGUUCUAAUAUGCAACUUAGAGGGAUAACAUGUAGAUUUGUGUCUUGGAGCUAAGUUGAAUCAGGAUACUUAAACAACAGUGUACUUGUGCCUCAGAUAGGUAAACUUUACUUUUGACUUCAGUAGAUCCCCAUUAUUUUAGUAACUCAGUUUCAUUUACCUGGCAAGUUGUGAUUGGCACAGUCCUGGAUGUACUCUACAUGUAUUUUUGAUGUUGCAGUACAAUAAAGUAUGUUUUGUCCUG